AUGACGAAUGAUAGCGUCCUCAUCCUUGCUCAAGGCAUUUUGUUGUUACCCUGGGUUAACCUUCCUAAUGCUAUCCGCUACGCAAUCUAUCUAACGAUACGUAUUGUUAGAAAGACGUCAAAACAAACAGACAUCGAGCUCGGAGAGGUGAAAAAGCGAGAUCAAGAUCUGACGGACGAGAUUUCCAAGCAGAUUGAACAGCAUCCCCACUAUUCGGACCUGAUCAGCGUUAUCAAGGACAAAUCGCAAGACUUCGUCAUCGCGCAGCAUCUCGAGAUGUUGGCCAAGAUAUGCUGCGGCGAAAACAAAAGCCAGUGCUGGGCUUGUGAUGCCAUCAUCUGCAAAGACUGCAUGGCGAUGGUCAAAGGAAUCCCUGUUCCGCGGACGAGGUGCCACAUCACUGGUUGCUACGCCAUCUGCACGAGCUGCUAUCUCGUGAAAAGUUCCUCGAAACCUGCUGCAUUCUCAGCUGCCUUCAACCCCACAAAUCUUUCCCUGCAGCAUGAUAAAUGUUCUCUCAAACAAACAAAUACCAUUCAAGAGGCUGUAAAUCUGUGCCAGGGAUGCUCCCAACUGCAGCCAGACCGGAUACGUGAGAUCAAGGAAGAGAGGGAGCAGAAGAUGUUGGCCAAGACACUUGUCAGGAGAAUACUCUGCGCAACGUGUGAGAAGCCAUUGCCCAAAAAGAAGAGACGGUGGUGGAUCUGUGGGUCGGGAGACCAUGAGUGUCACUGGGCUGGUCAUGAAGUGCCACGGUGA